AUCCGACUGGGCUUGGGGCAAUAACACAAGGUUUCCUAACCACCCUCGAAAUUCCCCACCACACGCAUUCCUUACACCCGUAAAGCGCGUUUGUUUGACGGUCAUCGUCAAAUGAACCUGCACCGACGCGUAGGGAUCUCGAGAAUAUCUCACCCUUUCCAUCUGGAGGGCUCCUCAAAUUCCUAAAUGGUGUUUAAGAGUUUCCAUCUCGCGCGCCAGAGUCUUGCCAAGGGCUUUACUCACGGUUAUGCUCAAUCAGUAGUUGCUGGUGUUAGCCAGAACAAUCCCCUCGCCUCCCUUCAACACGACCGCUUCCGCAAAGGACUCAAAAAUCAACAUGCCUUUACCUCCACAUCGUCUACCACGAGCGCGCUCAAGGCGCUCGCCGCCGGACAACACGACCACCAGGACUCGGGUCUAGCCGCAUACUACACAGCAUGGCAGAAACACCAGCAAAAGACCGAGGACAAGGAGUGGUCGCAGUUCCAGUUCCGCAAGCUCAUCGAAUGGGACCCGACCUCCUCCAAGGCCGCAGCUGAGGCCAAGGAGAGCAGUGUUGCGAUUGAAGAAGUGGCAGAACCGGUUCCGGUUCAUGCCGGUGUCAACCGCGCAUACAGUACCAGCCAAGUGGAGGAUUUCAAAAAGGCUGUUGGUGGUGAAGAGGCGGAGAGAAUUGCGCUGGCACAAGUGGAUGAGGCCAUCGCACAAGAGGUGGCAAGACACAAGGCCGAUAACGAAGUUGUGCAGGCCAUUCAGGAAGAACUAUCGCCGAUUGAAGAGUCACGGUCAGAGUCUCCCGCAACCGUCGCGGACACUCUUGUGAAUUCGACGAUUUUGAGCCGUACCGAAUCAACCAUCGCCACCAGCCCGAUUGAAGCGCAUGAUGAGUACACCGUACAACUGCAGAAGCUGGCCAUCAACCGUAAUUAUGCCGAAGUACCCGCUGUCUUCGAGGCUAUGCUUCGCUCAGAUGUCAAGCCAUCAGCCACUGCAUACAACGCUUUGCUAUCCGCUGCGAUCCACCUUCCCCGUGCUCAGCAUCAGGUGGUCCCCAAGGCUUUGGACGUCUACUCGGACAUGCUGCGCCGACGGGUUGUUCCUGACACCGCUACUUACACCACUCUGAUUGAACUCCUUUCCGUUCGUUCUCUGGAAGUUGUGUCUCAGAGGCAGAGCUUUGAGGACAGGCGACUACGAUAUGGUGGUAUGGAAGAGGAGGGCAGCUUCAUGCUCCAAUCUCACGAGACCGAUUAUGCUAUCUUGGCCGAAGAUGGGUCGCUCUCAGUCGCUAUCAAGCUGUUCGAUGCCGCUGUCCAUGUAGAGGCAAACCGAACGUUCUCUGAGAAGACCUACCGAUUGCUCGUCACCGCUUGCGCGGAAAGUGAUCGUGUAGAGGACAUGGUUCGGAUCUACUCCCACAUGGAAUCUCACAGCGUAACCCCGGCCGCCGACAUGUUUGUUCCAAUGAUCCAGGCUUUUGGUAAAUCUGGUGAUCUGAAGAGUGCAGUCGAGUGCUACGACGAAUACAAGGCCCUGGCAAUCUCAAACGACAAUGGUGAGAUUGAAAUCACUAGGAAGGACAACGACGUUUACGCAGCUCUUGUGAAGGCUUACACUGUCUGUGGCCGCGCUGAGGGAGCUGAGAAGUUCCUGUCCAAGAUCGAGAGUGCACUUUCUUCUCCAGAAGAUGUCACCUCUGUUCGCGACAUUGUUGGCCUCAAGGGUUUCCUUCCUGAAUGGUUAAAGAACGGUUCUUUCGAUCAGGCCUAUGUACAUGCAGUCGAGCACCUCAGCCCGCAAGCCCGCCAGAUCGCUAUGGCUGCUAUCUGCAUCAAGGCUGCUGAUCGCGAUUCAGUCGAGAUUGCUACUCAGGCUUUCGACGAUCUUGAAGCCGAGGUCGACCUGUCACGACCAGCCAUGGCGAUGGGUGCAAUGCACAUUCGCACUGGAAACAUUGAAGCUGCAGAGGUGUUCUGGAGAAUGCUCGAGCUCUCUCCUACCAAGGCUGACUUCAUUGAGCCUACUGCCAUGCACAGCAUCGCGUUGAUCGGCAGUGGACAUGCGGAGCGUGGUCUCCGUCAAGGUCGUCAAAUGUUCGCUCGCAUACGGGACUCUCAGUCUGGCUCUACACAAGCUAAGAUGGAGAUCGUAGAGCACAUUGACGAGGCUAUCGAGGUUAUGGGUCAGUUCAUGAUGAAGCGUGGUAUCUUCCUCCCGCCGCGGGCUAGCAUGGAACUGAUGUGGACGAUGAUUGAAAACGGCGGCCUAGUCACCCCAGUUGCUCACCACCUACUUGCUGGAAUGGGACCUGAGGCCGUUGUUCAACUCAACUUCGACGACAUCACGCUCCUAAUGCAAGUUCAAUCUGGAAUUCUACUCCAGGAGGCCGAAGUCGAUGUUGCUCACGUUGCACGAUUUGCCCAUCUUCUCGAAGUCAUCGCUGCAACUGGCACGCCGGUCAACAAAACCACUUCUGGUCUUGUUGAACAAGUGCUUACCAAGCUCGACAGGGGCGAUCUCCAGCAUCGAUGGUACGCCUACAAGCAUCCCGCUCCGGAUGCCUUGUACUCCCCAGCACCUUUCGCUGCCUAUCCUGUUCAAGCCCCGAUUGCCCCUGCAGCUCCCACUUUCGAGGAUCAAUAUGACCCUUACGCUGCAUCCACCGACAACAAGGGCUCCGUUGCCAUCACUGAACUACUGGAGAAGACCCAUGGACGAUCAUCGUCUCACCUCAACGAGGCUUUGAUGAAGUUCAGGAACAUGCGCCGAGCUGGCCGCCACCCUCGGUUCUUCACAUAUGCUAAGCUCAUCACUGCCGCUGCUAAAGAAGACCGCCUGACUCUGGCUCAUGAUAUCCUAAACCUUGCCAAACAGGAUGUCCCUCUCCUGCCUCAGUACCGCAUUGUGCGAUACGGCUGGGUUACCAUCUUGGACGCUAUGGUCGCUGCUUGCCUUACUUGCAACCAGCGUGAUCUCGCAGGGAGAUACCACCAGGAUCUGCUUGAGAUGGGUGCCGCCCCGACUGCCAACACCUUUGGUCUCUACAUCACUACGCUCAAGGAGUCCACUAAGACUUUCGAUGAGGCGACCGAGGCAGUCAAAAUCUUCCUUCGUGCUAAGUCUGAGGGUGUUGAGCCUUCUUCCUUCUUGUACAAUGCUCUCAUUGGCAAACUCGGAAAGGCACGACGCAUCGACGACUGCCUCUUCUAUUUCUCAGAGAUGCGCAACCUCGGCAUCCGCCCUACUUCUGUUACCUACGGCACCAUUGUCAACGCUCUUUGCCGUGUCAGUGACGAGAAGUUCGCUGAGGAAUUGUUUGAAGAGAUGGAGAGCAUGCCCAACUACAAGCCCCGUCCUGCUCCUUACCACAGCAUGAUGCAGUUCUUCUUGACGACCAAGCGUGAUCGCAGCAAGGUCCUCAGCUAUUACGAGCGUAUGCGUGCUAAGCGCAUCGAGCCUACCACCCACACGUACAAGCUUCUCAUUGAUACCUACGCUACGCUUGAGCCUGUCGAUAUGGAGGCUGCCGAGAAGGUUCUUGAGCAAGUCAAGGCCGCCGGUGCUGUCCCAGAAGCUGUCCACUAUUCCUCGUUGAUACAUGCCAAGGGUUGCGUCAUGCACGACAUGGAGGGUGCCCGUCGUCUUUUCGACACUGUCCUUGCCGACAGCCGUGUUCGUCCUCAGGCCUGCCUCUACCAAGCACUCUUCGAGGCCAUGGUUGCCAACCAUCAGAUUGCUAAUACUGAGGAUGUUCUCCGCGACAUGCGUGCUCGUGGCGUUGAGAUGACUCCUUACAUUGCCAACUCUCUCAUCCAUGGAUGGGCUCUUGCUCACAAUAUAGAGAAGGCUAAGACCAUCUACGAAUCUGUCUCCGAGAGCAGGCGUGAGCCCAGCACUUACGAGGCCAUGACUCGUGCCUACAUGGCCGUCGAGGACCGCGCAGCUGCUAUGACAGUUGUCAACGAGGGUCUGUCUCGUGGCUACCCUGCUGCCGUCGCUGGCAAGAUCCUCGAGCUUGUUGGUGGUGGUCGUGCACCCGCUACUGAGGUCGCUGCUUGAGCGAUCAACCUCAGCUUCUCUUCUAUUCUCAGAUUUACUGCCUUUUGGCAUUUCGAUCGUACACUUUUUUACUCGAUUUACUGCGACGGCCGAACAAAAAGAAUUUCUCAAAACAGCCCCCGCGCCGCCUGGAGGGUAAUACUUCUAGUGGCGUGGCUGGGCAUCAAUAUUUUAUCCCUA